AUGCCGUGGCUCAAAGACAAAAUAAUUUUACCGUCACCACUGCGGUGUAUGGAGAUUGAGGACGUUAAUGGAGAAAUAGAGUUCUUGAUGAGCACUCACAAAAUCGGCUGUGCAGAAAAAAGCACUGAGCGCACACGAGUGCAGGCGAUCAAUUUAUAUUGGUCAUAUCGAAUGCGUUUUUACAGUAUGACAUUUUUAGGAGACCAUACAACUUUGGAAGUCUCCUGCAAAGCUUGGCCUUUUGUAGAAAAAAUACAAUUCUUAUUCAAAAAGAUGGACAAUUUUUUAAGUUAA